GGGCAACACUGCGUCAAGACUACGAGUAUCAACGCUGUCGAGACUCGAGCUCUACUUUAGUCACUGUUGAUGUUAUUGAUUCGGUUCCGGUUCCUCGUCGUACUCCACGGCCCGUCGUAAAUACUCAAAAACCGCCGUUUGCCCAUCCCGGAGGAUUUCAAAGUCCGCCACCGGCCGAGAAAGGAGCCAGAUCCCGCACCGAGCCCCAGUCCGUCGGUUAAACGAGGCAGAAGUGCAAGGUGACUUUUUUUUCCCGGCCCCCGAGACCGUCCGCGCAGGAGCGAAGGCGAGAGCCUGCAAUGAUUUUCACGCCCUGGUCGAAAAUCCUCUCGACAAGGCUUUUCUGAACUUUUGAGCCCUUUUUGAAGAAGACAAAAGGAUAUUAAAAUGAUUUCGACGAGCCUGAUGCCGUUUUGAAAAGAUCUAAUUCAAGAUGUAUAACGGUAUCGGUCUCACGACUCCCAGGGGGUCGGGCACCAACGGAUAUGUCCAGCGUAAUUUUGCCCUCGUCAGGAAGCCGAAAGAAAAGCACAGCUACAGGACCGAGGCAGACAUCGAAAAAAUUGACUCAGCGGGAAGCAAGCAGCCCAACAUUGAAAUACUCGAUCAUGAAAGGAAGAGGAAGAUCGAAAUCAAAUGCAUCGAACUGGAGGAAGUUCUUGAACAGCAAGGCUAUCCACAAGACGAGAUCGUAACAAAGGUGGCAGCAUAUAGAUCGAUGCUUAUGAAAAAUGAUUCCAAACUCGAAGAACAGCCAAGGGACGAAUAUGGAAGAAUUAUCGUACGUGAAACCCAUCAAAUAGCAGCUGCGCAGCAAGAGAAAAAUGCACGGCUUAGAGAAGCAUUUGGCAUAUCCGAACAUUUUGGAGAAGAUAGAAAUGGCAACGUCCCACCAGACAAUGCCAAAUACGCACUGGUGCGAACGCCAACGCCUUCUCCUACUAGGGCGUCACCAGUAGAAGGCAAGAAGGAGAAGAAGAAGAAAUUGAAGAAACAUAAAAAAGAAAGGGCCGAAUCUCCCAAAGUUUCAAAAAAGAAAGUGAGCAAGGAGAAGAGCAAGAAGAAGAAGAAACGGAAGAAGAAACGAGCCGCAUCAACCUCUAGUUCUAGUCCUGGUUAUGAGAGCAGUUCAGAUUCAGGCGACAGUGAUGACAGUAGUGACGGUGAGAAGAAAGUCUCUCGUAAGAAAAAGUUGACAAAGAAGGGUUCUACAAAGGAAAAGGAUAAGGAUGUGAAAUCCCACAAUCGGAAACGGAAACACUCAGAAAGUGCCUCAUCGAGGGAAAGUUCCCCUGAGGUACGUGCAUCUUCUAGCAAGAGGAAGGCGUCUGACCACAAGGGACUAGAAAAGAAAAAGAGUAAACACAGUACAACCGAAGAAACAGUAAAAGCUUCUAAAAAACGCAGAAGCCACAGCACAUCAGUUCCAAAAGAGAAGAAAAAAGAAAGGCCCAAAUCACCAAAGCCCGAUAGAAGGCGGUCUUCUUCCCCUUCCUGGGCGAAGCCUGAUGCCUAUUGUAGCAAGAAACACUCAAAGAAAGAGGCCAAAAGGAAACACAGCACGAGCAGGUCUUUAUCACCAUCCAAGCCCACAAAACCGAUCAAAUUGGAGAAAAAGAGCAGGAGCAGAAGUAGGGAGAAGUACUACAGGUCACCGGCCCCUGAGAAGAGAAAGUCUACUAGAGAUGUUACUCCUGUUAAAAAGAAAGAACGAUGCGAUAGUAAGAGCAAGGACAAAAAGAAACACACUUCAAGGACAAAGAAAGACAGGUCUCUCAGUAAAGACGACAAACGGUGUUCUAGGAGUACCAGCUUUGAAAAACCGGCUGCUUAUAAAAUUAAAAAAGACAGAUCACCCAUUGGUAAAGAAAGAUCAAAACGAUCUACUAGCAGUAGAGAAAUCAGGGACACUUCCAGGGAACAGAGUAGAGAUAGUCAUAAGAAAGAGAAGAACUGCAAAAAGACAAAAAGGCCUGUAUCUCACAGCAGAAGCCCAAGUCCUUAUGUCAGGAAGACAUCCAGGAGUAGGAGUAGAGAAAAAACCCGUAAGAAGUCAGUAAGCAGAGAAAUUGAGAAACUGAAAGUACGUGAGAAGGAAAAGGUAAAAGAAAGGGAGAGCAGAGAUGUCAGAGAUCGGGAGAGAAAAGUGCGAUCUCCUCACAAAGAAGAUACCAAAUCGAGAAGUAUAAGUAACGAUCCAAGAGACAAUGUCAAAUCCAGGAAUAACAAAGAUAACGAGAAGUCAAAAUUUAAAGAUUCUUACUCAAAAUCGAAUAGGUUUUCUGAAACAAAUGAAAAAAAUAAAAUGGUGGAAAAAUAUGACAAAUAUUCUGACAGAAAGUCCAAAGGUGAUGAGAGGGAUAAAUAUUUAAAAAGAAGCCAUACCCCUGAUAGGAGAAGGAGAUCAAGAACUCCAAGAAGGACUUCAGAUAGAAGAUCAAGCUCAAGGAGCCCAUCAAAAUCAAAAUCUUCGAUGAGGAGGAAAAAAUCAAGAAGCCUUUCAUCCAAAUCAAGAGAUAGAUCGUUGUCAAUUGACAGAUUGAAAAAGACAGAUAAAAAAAGCAGGAUGAGGUCCAGUUCCAAUUCCAGUCUAAGUUAUUCACCUGUUGAAAAAUACCCAGAACGGUACAGAGACAUUUUGAACCGUCAUCCAAAACCUGUUGUACAUCUGCACGACUCGAGUGGAGAGGAGGAAGCAGCUGAUUCAGAUCGUGUCCAUGAAGACAACGAAAGUGAAAAAGAGCUCGAAUCACUGGAAAAGCUCAAGACUGGCCUUGCGGCAAAAGCCAAAGAGUCAUUGGUUAAAACCCAGAUCAAAGAUAGCUCAGAAACUACACACAAAACCGCGUUAGUAGCAUCUGAGGCUGGCAAUACACAGAACCCAACAUCUCCUUUUGUGGAAAAGUACACGGCUUCUUCAACGAACACUGAUAAACCCAAGUUAUCUGUCUCACCGGUAAAACCGGAUAUGUCGCCUAUAGACAGAACUGCACUGGCGUCCCCGACUGUGAGGAGGAAACGGAGCAAUUCAUCCGAUUCUUCAUCUUCAUCAGAUUCUAGCAGCUCGAGCAGCAGCAGUUCAUCUCGUGGCAGCUCUUGGUCAUCGAGCAGCUCGGGUGCAUUUGGACGUGACUCUCGUGUGUCGAGAGCGUCUCGAGGCAGCAAAUCGUCGAAGGGUCGCUCGCCCAAGUCGAUGUCCAUCAGCCCUGGCAACUCAAGACAUAGUUCGCGAUCUAGGCGGCCUGCCACGCGCAGCCGCAGUCGAUCUCGUUCACGCUCACACAAGUCGAGGACAAGAAGCCGUAGUAGGAGCAUAGCGUCAAGCACAAGCAGCCGGUGUAGCAGUUAUAGCCGGCGUUCACCCGUAUCACGUUCAAGAUCGCCUUCUAUACCCCGAAGGCACGGCUCACCCAGUUUCCUCGACCGCAGGCGCAUCACAAGCGCAAGAAAAUUGCCGAUUCCUUAUCACCGAUCGACACCGUCUUCUUCUUCGAGCAGCGACUCGAGCGAUGAUUCAAGAAGCCCCUGGUCUAGAUGCAGCCCUUCCCUAAGCCCCGCUUGAUUUUGAAAUCCAUAAUACCUGAUCCGUACUUUUUUUUUCUAGUAGUCUCUUUUAGCAUCUAACAGAAACUAAGAGCGUUCCCUUCUGGCGCCUGUUUUCUAUGAAGAUCUCUAUUUUUGUCGCACUCAUAGUUGGCGAGUAAUGGGACGGGAGAUUGUCUCAUUUGAAAGAGCUUAUCUUUUGACGUGCACUUUCAUUUUACCAAAUUGUUAAAUAUAAUAGUGAAUUGAUAUUAUAGUCUUAUCUGAUGAAUCUCUCUCAAAUUAUAAUUAUUGUUCUUGUUGAAGCAUUGUGAUUUAGCGCUAAAAAACAUAUUUUGGGUUUGUUUGAAAAUGGACCUUUUUUUUAACAAAAAUUUCUAGUCAUAUUCUCUUACCUUGUACAAUGAAGAGCUUUUGUUAUUGUGGCAAUGUAUAAUUUUUCUUAAAAAAAACAACAACAAAAAACGAGAAAUUUCUCACUUAACUAAAAACCAAAGAUAAACAAAUUGUUGUGAUUUUUUCAUCUAGUCUUUAAGUUUAAAUGAUUGUACAAACAUGGUCAAUAAAUAAUUUAUUAGC